GGUAGGGGGACGAGCCGGGCUCCUCCUGCAGGGAGGGGGCCCGAGGGGCGAGCCAGCGGGGGAGGCUGAGAUCAUCCCAGCGGCAGCCCUUUAAACCCCUCACCCAGCCGGCGCCCCGAGUCCUCACGCCCGACUUGGAAGCGGAGACCACUUGCUCCUGAGGCCCUAGGAACCCCUCUGUUCCAUCAUGGCCAAUAAGGGUCCUUCUUACGGCAUGAGCCGCGAAGUGCAAUCCAAAAUUGAGAAGAAAUACGACGAGGAGCUGGAGGAACGGCUGGUCGAGUGGAUCAUAAUGCAGUGUGGCUCUGAUGUGGGUCGCCCUGACCGCGGGCGCCUGGGCUUUCAGGUCUGGCUGAAGAAUGGCGUGAUUCUGAGCAAGCUGGUGAACAGCCUGUAUCCUGAGGGCUCCAAGCCAGUGAAGGUGCCCGAGAACCCUCCCUCCAUGGUCUUCAAGCAGAUGGAGCAGGUGGCUCAGUUCCUGAAAGCGGCUGAGGGCUAUGGAGUCACCAAGACAGACAUGUUCCAGACAGUUGACCUCUUCGAAGGCAAAGACCUGGCAGCAGUGCAGAGGACCUUGAUGGCGCUGGGCAGCUUGGCAGUGACCAAGAAUGACGGGCAUUACCGUGGUGAUCCCAACUGGUUUAUGAAGAAAGCCCAGGAGCACAAGAGAGAAUUCACGGAGAGCCAGCUACAGGAGGGAAAGCACGUCAUUGGUCUUCAGAUGGGCAGCAACAGAGGGGCUUCCCAGGCUGGCAUGACAGGCUACGGGCGGCCUCGGCAGAUCAUCAGUUAGAAGGGGAGGGCCGGGCCUCCUCAGCUCCCCGGCUGCAGCCUCCUGCUUAGACGGCCCCACCCACGCCUGUGUAGUUUCUUAGCCCUGGCCAAGCUUUGAGACUGUCACUGGGCAAAGGUGACUGCACACGGGCAGCCUCCCCCAGCCUCAGCCCAACUUAGCCCAGAGCACCACUGCCCGGCUCCUCCUCCCAGCCGCACCCCACCACAGCCCUCUCCCCGUCCGGGGCUAAGCCGGGGGCAGGUGGGCUGGUACUGGGUGUGGAGCAAGCCCACUGUCCUCCUUGGAAGCAAAAGCCCAUUGAAGGAGACCCAGCCCGGCCUCCCCCUCUUUUCCUGGAAUAUUUUUGGGGUUCAAAUUCAAAAAGGAAAAAAAUAUAUAUACAUUUUCUCA